GAGCAUUUAAAGGUUCGGCUAAAUGAUUAUUAACCAAAAUUGUCAUUUUUUUAAAUGAAAAUCCUGGAGUUAGAAUUAAUCAUCCUCCAAUAAAUCACCAGAAGUUUAUUAAUCAUACAACUAGCCAUUCAAUCUUCUAUUAAUCCAAUCCAUUGGAAUAAUUAUAUCACAUGGUAGUACCCAAAUCACUAAAGGUAGACAUUGUAAACUAUGUUCUGAUUGUGAUUUUUGGGAUCAGUUCUUGGAUCAGUGUUAAUAGUGUAUGGGUGGAGUUACCUGUUUUUGUGAAUGCUCUCCCAGAAAAAUGGGCUCUUCCCUCCUACUUUUCUAUAAUUAUCCAAUUAGCUAACCUAAUCAUUCUCCUAUCAACAGCUGGUUUCAACCUAUUCAAAAAAUACAGAUCUCAUCGGUCAUCCACUUUAAUGAUAGAUAUCAACAACAACAUCAUUAAUGAAACUAAGAGACAUUCCAAUAUCAACUGGCACGCUUCGGCUAUAUAUGCUGUACUAAUACUUCAACUCUCGGUCGUUAUGGCUACCCCAUUCCGCUGGGACCAGUUGACUUUGGUAGCCGGUUCGUCUCGCAGCGUCUCCCUGUUAAUCCUGCUAUUUUUCAUGGCCCUGGCCAACUGCUCUUCCAGCAUCCUGUUCAUGCCUUUCAUGUCAACUUUUCCUGCCCCGGCUUACGUGACAGCCUAUUACCUGGGAUCCGGUCUGAGUGGACUCUUGCCCAGUUUUCUCUCUCUCGCUCAGGGCAUAGGUGGUAGUCCAUCUUGCGUUAAUUCUACGACUGCCGACAAUCACACAUUUCGAGUACCAUCUACCUUGAAGCCUCGUUUUGGUAUUUCGACAUUCUUCGGGAUCAUACUGGCUGUUUUGUUAAUAUCCGCCUUUGCAUUUUACGCGCUGAGUUGGCGCCGAAUCAUAGAAAGGAGGCUCAGAGUGGCGAAUUUCACGGAGACUGCCUCGGAAUCGAAAGACAUGAACGAUGUCAAUUUUCAAUCUUCCGAAAAAUCCAUCAAAAUGGGAGAUGAUAACCAACAACUCGUGCCCGAAAUUUCUACAUCAAUCAAUCGAAUCAAUUCACCGUCAUCCGAUCAAGUACCCGUCAAUACCCACACCUCUUCGACAGCAGUUUCAUAUAAAUUUGGCCCCGAUGGUCAGCGGGUGCCAACGACUCUCACUUGCUCUAUCCUACUCUUCCUAUUGGCUUGCCUAAGCGCUCUCGAUAAUGGGGUAAUUCCAUCUAUCCAGUCCUACGCCGCCUUGCCUUACGGCAACAUGGCUUUCCAUUUAUCCGUAUCGCUUUCGAGUCUCUCAAACCCGCUGGCCUGUUUUAUGGCGUUUUUUAGGCCCCUAGCGUUAGGCGCUAAGCAUUACUAUUUUUUGGCCGGGAUCUGUGCCUUACUAUCGUCCAUUAUUUUGGGAUUUGCGCUCAAAAGUCCCCACCCUCCAUUGGCCGGAACGCUCGCAGGAACUGUGCUGACGGUUGUUCUGUGGAUCGUUUUGGAAACGCUGUUUUCGUACAUCAAAGUAAGUUUAGCUAGCGAAUUCCACCGGAAGGGCAAAAAAUGGCUGAUGUGGCACGGAAUUUGCACUCAAUUGGGUUCGGCUCUGGGGGCCUUCCUCAUUUUCGUCAUGAUCAAUUAUCUCAAGCUGUUUAAAUCUAGCAAAGCUUGUGUUUAGAAGAAAAAUGAAACUAAAAAUUACUAUGCCACUAUCUUGGGUAUCAUUGGACUGAUCUCUAUCUAUUAUAUGACCAUAUUUCAGAUGAGUCAACAAUAUAAAAGAAAUCUUAUGGAAUGUCGUAGGAGUUAGAACAUUCCAAUAUUUACAAGCCACUCAUAUACUCGAUGAGGUCUCUUCUAUCGCUUAUUUGUGAAGGUUAUAUUAUAAUAUAUAUUUUAUCGAUAAUUGUGUUUAUCUGUUUUUAUUAUUCUAAAUUUUGGCCCUGAUACAAAUAAUUAUAUAAUUUACUUCUACGAAAUCAUACUAUAUAAAUUCAUUGCGAAUUAUAUUAUAUUUCUAUCAUAUAUUAAACCUGCAUAAACAAAUUUUUAUAAUUCCUAGUCCCUUUGCAUUUGAUCAUCUUCAUACAAAACGUAUGUAAUUUUUAUUAAAUAUUAUAGCGAUUUAUUUUAAAAAUUAUUAUUUCAAUUUUACUUUUUUUUAAGAAACAUCGAGUCAAAACAUCCUUUUUUUAUAUAAAUUGUGUGAUAUUAUAUUUAUUGUCUUAUCUUAUUCGCUCUAUAAAAAAUAUUAAAAAAUGACUUAUAAAACAUAAUUUUAUUAUUUUUUAUCUGACCAAAUA